AUGAAUACAAUUUCAAUCAUACAAGUAAAGUGUUCGCUAGGAUCUACCAACAUGAAACUGCUCAUCGUGCUCGCCCUUGUUGCUUUGGCGGUAGCUCAUCCCCAUGGUGAUCAUUACAACACGAAAUAUGAGAGCAUAGACGUUGACGUGAUUCUUGAAAGCGAUCGUUUAACUAAGGCAUACAUAAAUUGCUUCACAAACAAAGCCAAAUGUACUACCGAAGGAACUGAAAUUAAAAGUUAUAUCCCUGACGCGAUAAAUUCAUCCUGCGCUAAGUGUACAGAAAAACAAAAGAAGCUCACGGCAAAAUUCAUCAAGGGAAUUCAGUCUAAGUACGCAGACGACUACGCAGUCCUUUACAAGAUCCACGACCCUGAAGCCAAGAACGGUGAAGAGCUCAAAAAAUUCCUUAAUACAUACGGCGCUUAA